AUGCGCCGGCGCUACGCGCCGCCGCCAGGGGGCGCUCCGUGGCCGGCUGUCGGCUCUGUGAGAGGCCGGACUCGGGGCCGCCGCUCAGCCGCGGCAGGUAGCAGAGGAGCAUUUGGAGAAGCAGCCCCAGCGCUGCUGGGACAGGGACUCUCCAAACGCCCACCUUUGAUGUCUGACACCUCCGCAAGGAGGUCUAGGACACCCGACUCGAUGGAGCAGGCAUGCGUGCUGUGUCACCGCACAGAGGCAGCCCCUGACAUCUGCGGGCUAAAAUGGAAUUAUGAAUGGGGCUAUGCCCAUGGCUUUUGCCUGCUUUUUGCCAGUGACCUUCAUCCCCAAGGGACCGAAGAGGAAGAAGAGAUCGGAUUUUCUCUUAUGGAUGUUCUACUGACAGUCAAUCAGGCAGCCCAGAUGGUCUGCUUUGUGUGUGGCGAGAGGGGGGCCACCGUCACCUGCCAGGAGAUGGGCUGCGACCGCAGGUUCCAUCUCCCCUGUGCCGUGGAGGGUGGAUGCAUCACCCGUUACUUCCUGCCGUUCAGUUCCUUCUGCUGGGAGCACCGCCCACAACAGCAAGAGCUGGCGGCUCCAGAGGACACCAACUGCCUCAUCUGCAGGGACCCUGUUGAAGGCAGAACGACCUAUGGGACCAUGGUGUGCCCAGCAUGCAAACAUGCCUGGUUCCACAGGGCGUGCAUCCAGGUAGCAGUCGUUCCCUUGCUCCGGGCACGGCAGCCUCUCAGCAGCACCGGAGCCUCACUCACGCUCUUUCUGUUUCUCCUGCAGGGACAGGCUAUGAGGGCUGGCGCUUUUUGCCUGCGCUGCCCUCUGUGUCAAAAUACGAAACUGUUUCUAACAGAAAUGCUCCUCAUGGGGAUCCAAAUCCCCAUAAGGUUGGUGUCCUCCUGGCCAGCACUGUGCCACGCCUGGACCUGCCCCCGCAGUUGUGGCCCUCUGCUGACCCCCAAGUCUAGGCUUUAGCUCCAUGCCGGAGUUGG